UUGGGUGAGGAGAAUCCAAAAUCAGAUGAAUAUUUGAGAGAUGAGAUGUUUCAUGUUUACGGUUUUGACAUUGAAACAAUUCCAUAUUACGCGGCAAUUAUAUCCAAAUCAAACAUCAAGAGUUUUCUAAUGAUGAUUGGUAUGCCAACAAUUGUGCUCAUCAAUUAUAUUGCCAUAUUUUUCUGUGCAUUCCGCAUUAAAUUUCAUAAAAACAGUCAAAUGGUAUUCUACUCUGCGCAAUAUCAAAAAAUCAAUCAAAUACUUUUUCGAACAUUGCUUGCUCAAGUCAUAGUACCAACAUUUAUAUUUUUCCUCCCAGUUAUCUUGAUUUAUGCGAUACCAUUUGCCAAUCUUGAAAUCAGUAUGAAUACCAGCGUUUUCAUUUGUUCUUUAUCGUUUUAUCCAGCAAUUGAUGGUAUUAUUCUUCUUUGCCUCGUUCCAGAUUAUAGAAAUAUAUUUUGUAUUUGGAAAUCGAGGAAAAAUAAUGCUGCCAAUAAAUAA